CGGGUAUUCGUGACGUGUCCCCAGUACUUACACUUCCACCAGCCAGAAGGCUCUGACUAUGUGGGAUCCAGGACCCCUCCUGCUGCUGCUCUCAGGGGCCCUGGCUCUAACCCAGAUCCGGGCGGGUCCCCACUCCCUGCAGUAUUUCCGCACCGCCGUGUCCUGGCCCGGCCUGGAGCCCCGCUUCAUCACCGUCGGCUACGUGGACCAUACGGAGUUCGUGCGCUUCGACAGCGACUUGGCGAGUCCGAGGAUGGAGCCGUGGGCGCCGUGGGUGGAGCAGGAGGGACCCGAGUACUGGGAGGAGGAGACCCGGGUCGCCAAGGCCAACACACGGAUUUACCGAGUGGCCCUGGGCAACCUGCGCGGCUACUACAACCAGAGCGAGGCAGACUCUCACACAUACCAGAGCAUGUACGGCUGCGACGUGGGGUCCGACGGGCGCCUCCUGCGCGGGUACAGUCAAUACUCCUACGACGGCGCCGACUACCUCACCCUGAACGAGGACCUGAGCUCCUGGACGGCGGCGGCGGGCACGCAGGCUUGGAGAACCCAGCGCAAGUGGGACCACGCAGGUGCGGCUGAGCAUCGCAGGAACUACCUGAAUGACACCUGCGUGACUUGGCUCCUCAGAUACCUGGAGAAGGGGAAGGACAUGCUGCUGCGCACGGAAGCCCCCGAAAGACACAUCACCCACCACCCCUUCUCUGACCAGGAGGUCACCCUGAGGUGCUGGGCCCUGGGCUUCUACCCUGCCGAGAUCACCCUGACCUGGCAGCGUGAUGGGGAGGACGUGACCCAGGACACAGAGCUGGUGGAGACCAGGCCUUCAGGGGAUGGAACCUUCCAGAAGUGGGCGGCUGUGCUGGUGCCUUCUGGAGAGGAGCAGAGAUACACGUGCCGUGUGCAGCACCAGGGGCUGCCAGAGCCUGUCACCCUGAGAUGGGAGCCCCCUUCUCAGCCCACCAUCCUCACUGUGGGCGUCAUUGUUGGCCUGGCUCUCCUCGCGAUCACUGGAGCUGUGGUGGCAGCUGUGAUCCGCAGGAGGAGGCGCUCAGGUGAGGAAGGAGGACAGUACACUCUAGUUGCAACGUGAGACAGCUGCACCUCUGGGCAUCCUCACUUCCCAAUGCUGUGACUCAAGAACUGCUGAUUCUCUGUCUGCCCUGGGACCCGAGUGUCCUGUCACAUACCAUAAAGGGGGAGACUGGCCAUCCUUGCCCACUGGGUGCUCCCACACAUGGCCUGCAUUCUCUUCCCUGAUGCUCUGUGUUAUGUCAGCAGGACAGGACUCAGCCGUCUCCAUCUGUGUUCUCCUUUUG